AUGUCAAUCGGAAAUUUCCUAAGCCACUUAAAACAUAAACAUCAGGUAUUAUUACAUCAAGUACAAGAGGCUCGAAGCAAUGCGAAACGAUCAAAUAAAACAAAUGUACUUAGUCGACCAACCAAAAAACUUACAAAACAACAGAUAAAUAAAGUAGUGUUUGAUUAUAUCAUUGAUGAAAUGAAACCUCUGGUUACAUGCGAAAAACCUUCUUUUCAAAAGUUAAUCAUGGAAUUGUCUGGAAUUACUGAUACUGCUUUAUUACCAAAUAGAAAACAAUUAGCUAGUGAUUUGAAAGAAAGAUAUACAAGAUACAAAACUACACUUUCAGAACUAGUAAAAAAACAGUCAUACAUUUGUAUCACCGCCGAUAUCUGGACUGCCAACAAUAAAAGCUUCAUGGGUAUGACAUGUCAUUUUAUUGAUAAUGAAUCUUACACAAAUCUAAUGUCACUUAAUUAUGUUCCUAUUGUCAAGCAAAUAUUUUUUAAGUAUAACACGACCUUGCCGUCAUCAGCUCCGGUUGAAAGAUUGUUUAGCAAAGCCAUACAGGUGUUAACUCCCAGACGAAAUCGUCUUAGUGAUGAUGUGUUUGAAAUGCUUUUAUGUUGUAAGUCUACUGAAUGA